AUGUUCUCAGUCCCCCCCAUAACCACCAAGAUUCCCGUCCCCAAUCCGGCCCGUCUUCCCUCCAACAUUCCCCUCCGCACACUGCCCGGUCACAACCAACGACAACACCCGGGCCACGAUCGAGAACAGACAUCCAGGCUACUCGGUUCAUCUCACGGCUACGGCCACCCCGUUGACGAACCCGGCUACUCGGAGUCUGAGGACGACAGUUCGUGGACAGAUACGGGAGACAUUGCCGAGCAGCUCGCCGACGACGAUCCGCUUCGCCAGCGGGCAACACAGACACUCGGCGACGACGCGUUCGCCGGGUCCCUCAAGAAGAGGCAUCACGGAGGCCGCUCCUCCAAGCGGGUCCGGUACAGCGAGCCGUUGUCUCCAGGGAGCAGCCGGUCUGCAUCACAGCACAUUGACGCCAUCAGCAAAGAGGCGAUCCAAGUCCCAACCGUUGGCAAUCGCAAGGCACCCAGGGCGGAGCGCCUACUAGCCGCAAUCAUGACGGGCGGCACGAGUUCUAUCCACGGCCUGACGGGCAAGCCGUUACUUUAUUUCACUUCGAUUUUUGUAUCAUUAGGAGUAUUCCUUUUCGGAUAUGACCAGGGUGUUAUGUCAGGUAUCAUCGUCGGCGAGUAUUUUCGCAAGUAUUUUCAUGACCCGACACCGGUGCAGAUCGCGACCAUGGUCGCGAUCCUCGAGAUCGGCGCUCUAAUAUCCUCCCUCAUGGUUGGUCGGAUUGGCGACAUCAUUGGACGUCGAAAGACCAUCUUCUACGGUUCCUGCGUGUUCUUCGUCGGCGGUGCCCUACAGAGCUUCGCGGUGAACAUGCCAAUGAUGUUGGUGGGAAGAGUCCUGGCCGGUCUGGGCGUCGGCAUGCUGUCGACCAUCGUACCCGUCUACCAGUCUGAGAUCUCGCCUCCCCAUAACCGUGGCCACCUCGCGUGCAUCGAGUUCACGGGAAAUAUUACCGGAUAUGCCACCUCCGUUUGGGUCGACUACUUCUGCAUGUUCAUCGAGGGCGACUUGUCCUGGCGUCUGCCCUUGCUGAUGCAGUGUAUAAUGGGCGGCCUGCUCGGUUUGGGAAGCUUGAUCAUCGUCGAGUCUCCUAGAUGGCUUCUGGACAACGACCACGACGAGGAGGGCAUCGUCGUUAUCGCCAACCUCUAUGGUGGCGGUGACAUCCACAACCCCCGUGCUCGGGACGAGUUCCGCGACAUCAAGAUGAACGUUCUCCUGCAGCGACAGGAGGGCGAGCGCACCUACGGCGAGAUGUUCAAGCGGUACAGCCGCCGCGUCUUCAUUGCCAUGUCGGCGCAGGCUCUGGCUCAGCUGAACGGCAUCAAUGUCAUCUCGUACUACGCCCCUUACCUUUUUGAGCGGGCCGGCUGGAUCGGCCACGCCGCCGUGCUGAUGGCCGGCAUCAACGGCAUCACCUAUGUCCUGUCGACCAUUCCGCCGUGGUACAUUGUGGACCGCUGGGGUCGGCGGCCCAUCCUGCUGUCCGGCGCUAUUGCCAUGUGCCUGUCGCUCUCGUCGAUCGCGUACGUCCAGUACCUUGACAUCCCCUUGACGCCCAAGCUGGUCGUCAUUCUGGUCGUCAUAUACAACGCAGCGUUUGGCUACUCGUGGGGCCCCGUUCCCUGGCUUUACCCGCCCGAGAUUCUGCCUCUCAAGAUCCGCUCCAAGGGUGCCAGCUUGUCGACAGCCACCAACUGGGCCUUCAACUGGCUGGUGGGCGAGAUGACGCCCAUCCUGCAGGAGUUGAUUGCCUGGCGCUUGUAUCUCGUGCAUGCCUUUUUCUGCGCACUUAGUUUCGUAGUUGUGUACUUCCUCUACCCCGAAACAUGCGGCGUUCGCCUCGAGGACAUGGACGCUCUCUUUGGCGACUCGACCCGCGCCCUCGGCACCCCUGUUUCGUCCUCCACCCCGGCCAUGCGCGCCGAGUCGGACGCGCUGCUGCGUCCGGAGUCGCCCGUGCCCCCACUUGAUGCCGCGGGUGGAGCGAGGAGCAGGCACGCUGCGAGCGCGGUUAUUCCCGGGCUGAACAUUGAGCCGCCUGUUGAUGUCGAGGCUGAUGGGAAAUCCAGGACGGCCCCCACUAGGGCCUCUGCUGAAGGUAGGAGCGGAGGCCUGGGCGGUUGGUUCUCUAGGAUCAUCGGACGGGGCAGCAACGGAGAGGGGAGUUCCGGCGGGUAUGCCCCUGUUCAACAAAGGGAGGACUAGAGCGGUGUCGCUUUGGAAGGAUAUCUAGAUGCGACUUUACCUAGGAUCGUGUGUUGGGACUCGUGAUUUUGGGUUUGGGUAGCACGGGGUGCAUAUAGAUGGCGCGGAUGUGUGUCGCUGGGCGGAAUGUUAUCCGGACCUCCCUGUUCCUUUUCCUUUUUUUUUCUCUUCUUUUUUGCUUCUUCCUUUUCUCUUCUUUUUUCCCGUCUUCUGGGCUAGGGGAUCUUAAUUCGGUCACAUAGAGAUGCUUUGGCUGGGGCGCAGCAAGCAUGUACCGUACCAGCAAGCGGCUUCUUUGCGUCGGAACGGUCAAAUAAACCCCUUUGAAAUUGCGUUAGUUCUCUAACUUUGUGCAGGCUUGCAAGCAUAGAAUAUAUAAGGUACGAUUUGC